UAGGCCUACGAAUUUGACGAAAUCCUAAUCCCAAUCCCUACAUUUCCCCCUGUCAUUGUGGGACACGUGUCCAUAUGAAAUUCAGCUGUUAAACUAAACUUAGGCCUAUAAAAAGUAAAAAGUAGUCUUCGGAUUUUCGGAAUUGUCGCCGAUGGAUGACGGACGAUAUUAUUUAAGGUUCUAAAACCUGUUGUGUGUUGUGUGAAAUUUGACGUGUUUAGGAAAAUAUAGGCCUAGGCCUACGUUUAUAUUGUAAGCCUACAAUAUCUGAAGAAAAUGAGUGAACUUAGUGACUGGUUUAACUCCGUGCCAAUAUUUACUAGAUGGUGGUUAUCUCUUACAGCUGGACUCUCAUUACUGGGGAGAUUUAAACUUCUCAAUGCUUACCAUCUCAUAUUGGCCUAUGAACCAUUGAUCCACAGAUUCCAGAUAUGGAGACCUUUUACAGCUCUAUUCUUCUAUCCAAUAUCUUCAGCAACUGGAUUCCACUUCUUGAUAAAUUGUUACUUUCUAUACAAUUAUUCAAUGAGACUUGAAACUGGUCAGUAUGCUGGGAGGUCGGCUGACUACCUGUUCAUGCUGCUCUUCAACUGGCUGGCUUGCGUCAUCAUCGGCCUUGUCGCUGAGAUUCCAUUGCUGAUGGAUUCUAUGGUGCUAAGUGUACUCUAUGUGUGGUGUCAACUAAACAAAGAUGUCAUUGUAAACUUUUGGUUUGGAACCAGCUUUAAAGCUAUGUACCUACCAUUCGUUCUAUUUGCAUUCAACCUGAUCAUAUCUGGAGGAGGCAUGAUGGAGUUGGUGGGUAUCGUGGUUGGCCAUGUUUACUUCUUCCUCAAGUACAAGUAUCCUCAAGAGCUUGGUGGCCAGGAGUUUAUUACCACUCCGAGCAUAUUGUAUCAUUAUUUCCCAAAUGAAAGGGUGAUGGGAGGUUUUGGAGCCGUCCCGACGAGGAGGGCGGGAGGCGACCCACCUCCCAGACCCGGGGGUGGAGGCGGCUGGGGUGGCUACAAUUGGGGGCGGGGCAAUGUACUAGGCGACCGCUAGCCUACCAAGACUGAUAAGUGUGUUUGCCGCACUUAAUAUAACUGUUAAAGUGAAAUAUUUAAACUACUGUUUUAACUUAUUUUUUGUUGUCUUAAGAACUGUAUUAGUGUUUAUAACGGGCGGUCCAUAAAUAACGGCCUUUUUUUAGAAUGAAGAUAAGUUUAAAAAAAUAACAUUAUUACUUACUUAGCUAUGCUACACAUAAUUGUAUGCCGAUUUCAUUUAUAGCAAAUUAUGUAUUUCAAAUUAUCUCCACCGAUGUCCACACAUGAGUCCAAUCUUUUUUUGAAAAUUUGACUUUUAACCUGCAAAAGUCUUUGACUAAACAUCAGAUGGAAUCUAGGAUGGUCACCUAGAUUGAGCUUCUGUGCUACAACCAGUAUAUUGGGAUGGAAAUGCAAAUACGGUUGCAAAAUAAGUUGUAAACUGGAGCUAGAAACACCUAGAGCAACAGAAUUUUGUCUUGCUGAUCAUUUCGGACUUAGAAGAACAGAUUCUCGUACUCUUCUGACGUGGCCCUUCUGUACAUACAUACUUUGAUCCCCAAUUUAACAUCCAUUUCAAGAGACAACCCCACCAUGACAAUUAGACAUUAAAAUGGUUUCAAAACAACAUCUGGCCGGAUGGGCAACAAUCACAAACUUAUUUUUUAAUAUGCAUCAACGGAAAUGGCACGAUGUUAUUCUGUCCAACGAACCAUGAUUCAUGAAAUGGCAUAAUAUGUGUUGUUUAUUGCUACAAUCAAAAUGUUAUGCAUGAUAACAGCUGAGUACUGUGAUACCUAUGUUUAAAACCAUCCGUUAUUUAUGGACCAACUGUUACAUAAUAGAUUUUAAAAUUGGUAUCUUGCCAAUGACCAAAGCAUGUAUAAGUUUAAUAUCCGUGUUCUUGUGGUUAAUGUAAGUACAAAGUUCUUGUUUGCAUUUGGUUUGUUCAAAAUAAUAGCAACAUUUUGUAUGCCUAGUUGAGCUAAUCAGAAAUUAUAUUUUGAAAAUACAAAUGCUGCCAGGAGUUACAUAAAGGUUACAUAAAAUAAAACAAUGAGAAUGAAUUCAUAAAACCUCCAUGGAUUGAAACCUUAACAGUUUUAAUGUCGAUGAAUGGAUUAUCCUCAGAACCAAUCUGCAGAUAAGGUUUUAUUUAUAUUUAUUUUACAAUGUAUAUCGCACAUUCUUUCUUGUUAAGUUUUUGCAAUUCAGAAAUGACUCGAUUUUUAUGAAUUUUUAGGUGACUAUUAAUACACAAAAUAGUCACGGAAAAUUGCUAUUAUGUUAAGAUUGAUGUUUUAUUUAUUUUAUUUUCCUAUACGUUUUUUCUUCUAAUUGUUGUAUUAAAUAUGUGUUAAACAUAUAAUUUUGAUACCUACACAGGUUUAUUAAAAAGUCAAAACCAGAUUUAUUUUUAUUUUACUGUAGUUUAUAACAUUUUUCAGCCACAAUUAGAUAACAAGCUAAUUAUAGCUAGGUAACUCAAUUAAGUGCUCAUCUGGUACCUAAUCAAAAGAUCAAGAAUCAAGAAACUUUAUUUCCACAAAAUGUAAAGGUUACAUUACUAGAAAACGUCACCUUAGAAUAAGAUAAAGUACAAGGUGUCUUACAAAUAUAAACAAUUUCCCGAAACUCCCCAUGCAGAGAAACAAAACAGCACACUUCACUUGGCAUAACAAUUUAAAAAAUUUACUUACAUAUUCUUCUUUUAGAUAAAAAAAAUCUUUAAGCCUGUACAAAGGGUCUGCCAAAAGGAGCCCCUCAACCCCUUUCUUGAAUUUUGUAGAGAUGGGAAUUACCGUAACUUUUGAGAAACGCGUUACACCGUUCCAUUACAACUUGGUAACAGGUUACAGUAACCUGUUAAUUUUGUAACCUGUUACCGGUCCGUUCCUCCCCCACCACACCGUGACAUCCAGGUGACAUCCCAGCCCCAGCUCGGCGGGCAUGUAACGAAAUUCUCGCUGGGUGUUAUUGCUCUAUCCUGUUACAGGCCGUAUGUUCGUUCUGGCUCGGCUGGGCUGUAACGUUAUUAUUCCAGCUUGGCGUUACUCUCUGCGGGUGGUUUAUUCGUUCCAGUUUGGCCGUAAUGUAACGAAAUUCUCGCUGGGUGUUAUUGCUCUACCAUGUUACUGGCCGUGUUCGUUUGUUUCGGCCCGGAUAUACUGUAACUUAAUUCUAGCAUGGGUGUUACCUAGCUGGACGUUUCGUUCCAGUUUUUCCAUAAUUAUUGUAGGUGUUAAUGUUGCCACACUAUGUACAGUUCUCGUGUACGUUAAAUUCCGGCUGGAAUUAAAGACUUUUUGUUGCUUUCAGGACUUUGAUCCUGACGGAACCGGUACAGGAGAUCAAUUCAUAAGCCAAUGAGCGCAGCGUUACAAAAGUAACAGGGUAUUCUGAGUAACGUGUUAUCUUGAUAACAGGUUACAAUUUGUUAACAGUGUUAUUUACCCUGUUACGUUAAAUAACGCCCAUCUCUAGAAUUUUGGGUCUGGCAGGUUCCGAGCUUCAAAAGGAAGUUUAUUAACAAACUUGUAACUAAGAACAUCAUUUGACAUCUGAACCUUACUUAACUAACAUGUGGUAAAUUAAGAUCAUUUUCCUGCGUGUAUUGUAGGAAUAGAUGUGGCCUCUUAGCUCAUGAGAAUUCCACUCCUUGAUUUUGAGCAAAGACUGAAAAAUAUAAAGGUUACAAACCGUCAUUAUGUUUUCAACUACAAGUAUUGGUCUACAAUGAUCCAAGUAAUCAGCACCAGCUACUAUUCUAACUGCUUUCUUUUGAAAGCGGAGAACUCUCUUGACCCCAGAUGCGGGCACCCCAGAGCCAUAAAAUAAAAUACUCUGAAAGAAAGCAAUACAAGAAGUUUUCAGCCAGUCUUUUGGUACAAAAUAUCUUAAUCUUCUGAGUAGACACAGAGCUCUGGAAAGUCUAACACAAACAUGGCUAAUCUGUUCCAGUUUACUUUGAAUUCCAGUUUACUUGGAAAUCUAGAAGUUUGACAGAUUUUCAUUAUAAAAUGGAGAUGUCUGUUGGAAAUAAAUAAAUAAAUUAUGUUCUUAAUUUCUCAGGCUAAAGAUUAUCAACUUAGUCUUUGUUUCAUUUAUAAAAAAGUGAUUUGCUUGGAACCAGGCUGAUGCCCCUCAAGAGACCGUUUCAUGGCUUCCUCAAUAUCUCCAAGCUCAUUGCUAGCCUCAAAGUAGUAUCAUCUGCGUAGCAGAUGACACCUUGCCCCAAACACAAAGCGUGAUCAUUUAGCAUAACAUUAAAAAGUUAGGGACCAAGAAUUGAGCCCUGAGGUACACCAUGGGUCAAUUGCUGUACACUGGAUUGUCCCCUUAACACCAUAGAAAUUUAACUUUUCCAGGAGAGUGUCAUGAUUAAUCAUGUCAAAGGCUGAGGUCACAAAAAGUGGCCCCAGCAAAGCCCCCAUCCUCAAAAUACUGAAAAGCAGCUUUUAUUAACUUAUCAACUGGGCCUGAAACCAAACUGGGCAGCUGAGAAAAAAUGGUUUGCUUCAAAAUAAAGAGAGAGCUGUUCUUUAAUAAUAAAUUCAAGAAUCUAAAAGAAAGAGGGCAGAACAGAAAUUGGUCUGAAACUAGUGCACCUGUUGCUCGAAUUCUGCAAACUAUUACAGGCGUUAUUUCAAAACAAAUAACAGUCAUAAUUUACGAUAACUUAAAAAAGAGUCAACUGAACUCAAAGAUAAUGUAAUCAAUCACUCCACUCCAGUUACCGAAACUGAAAACAAACUCACUCUGAAAACGUUCACACAAGAGCGUUAGUUGUGUGUGUAUUAUGUGUUAGUUAACCAUGAACAGCUGUAAUUAAUACAAAUUAUUCGUCUGUUUAAGUAAACAAAAUAUUUUCUUCAUAAGAAAUACAUUGGGAUUUUGAUGGCCUGAGGGGCAAAGCCCAAGGACAUUACAGGAAUUGGUGAAACGGGCCGUCUCCACAAAAAAUACUUAAUUUUGACAAAUCGUUUGUAAAAAUCCGUACAUUAUUAACGGAGGAGUAGUAUUUCGUAGAAAUCGCCUGCAUGUAUUAUAUAUAAGGAUUCUCUGUCAGGUUGGAAUUACUGUACCUUUCUUGUGAAAUGGCACAACCCUAGCAAUUUUAAAAACAUCGAGGAAAAUAUCUAUUAAAAUACAACAAUCUAUACAAUAUGUUAAACGCCGAUCUCAAGAAAAGUCAGCUUUUUUGUUGGAUCAAAACUGUACCCAGCUGUUCUUAAUCAAACGGGUUUUCAAAAAAUUAUCAAGGCUAAAAAUAAAAAUACAGCGAGUUUUCGAGUAAAAACCUUGACACACCUUUCACUUACACAUGUUUGGGUUAAAAUACGCCUAGUGGCAUUCCUAGCCUAAAUGGAUGAUAAAAAUGAAAAACUUAUCAACAUUUUUACCAUGCCUAGAGUAUUUGACCCUAAUGCUGAGCCAAUGAUUGGUCUAUUAUUUGAGCCUUAUUACACGAGGUAGCCAGCGACGAAACUGGCUGCUCAGUUCGUCAUGGGGCAUUGAUUCUUAUGUAUGUGAUUACAAGAGGAUAGCCAACGACGUAGCCAAGACUUUGGUGACCAGCUGGCUACCAAGCCCCGUCGACACUGGCUAUAAAAAACCGGAAACAUUCUGGCUACUGACUUCAUGGCUACUAGGUUUGGUAGUCAAUGUGUCACCAGCUACUGUUGCUGGCAACGUCGCCAGGCUACCUCGUGUAAUAAGAGCCUUUGAGCUUCCCACCUUCAUUCCCCCACCUAAUAUGCAAUCCCUGCACAGGCAGAAGUUGUUAGUUGGUCCAUAUUGUCGAGAAUUUUAGAUUUUCAGUUAUAUAUAUAUAUAUAUUUGAGUUCCUUAUUAAAUUCCGAAUCACUUGGUGCAAGUCCAAUGCAUCUACAAUUUUGUUUGUUAAAGUUAUACGACUUUGAAUUUAUCUAUGUAAAAGGGUCAUUUUGAGAAAAAUAUUAUUUAACAAUUUCAAAUAUGCAUAAAAACAGAUUUUUGUUGUAUUUAAGAAACGAUUUUGGUAUCAAAAGAAAGUGUAUAAUGUCCUCUUUGGAGGCAAUACCAAGUAGUUUUCAUUUAAAUUAUUAUUUUACUGAUGCAUGUCAUAAAAAUCACAUUCCAGAAAAAGGACCUCUUGUCGGUCCUAUGCUAUUUCUCCAUAACAUAAAAAAGGUAACUCUUGUCGGGACCGCAAAAUUUGUGAGAUAUUUUGUCCUCCCUCUCCGUAAACUGAACUUUGUUGUAGUACUCUAAAUUUCCACUAGAAUGCAGGACAAUUCAUUUUUUGGACUAAAGUCUGUUUAUAAAGUGAAUAUUAGAAAUGGGACCUCUUGUCGUUAUGACGAAUUAACAUUGAGCGACAACAGUUACUUUUUCUCAGACCGUGCAUAGGCUAACAAAAUGAUUUAUUUCGACAUUUUACAUCUUCGAUUCAAUAUUUUAACCGAUACUGUCCUGUUCCGUGUUAAAUAAGGUAUAACAAUCGAUAAAAAACCGAAUUUCGAUAUUUUUAACCUUAAUUACUUAUAUCGGCAGUACUAAAAAUUUUGAAUUGCCGACAAGAGGUCCCUUUUCGCUUUCCACAUAACACAUAUUUUUUUUUAUUUUUUAUUCAUGUAAAUGGUUAUUGAUUUUUAAAUUUGAUGGAAUGAACUAAAUACUCACUUACAUUUGACGAUCAUGCAACUGUUAAUCAUAUUCUUUUGUAUAUAGGAAAUAAGCCAUACUUAUUUUUAUCAUAACUUUUUGUUGCUUAUAUAGUGUUACAUUAAAGGAGUCACACUGUUUUAAAUUUGUAUAUAAAUAAAUACACAUUAUUCGUU